GAUUUUAUCUCAUUGCUCCAAAAUCAAGCAUACUUUUCAACGCGCUAGAGUGAUUGUAUCUUACAAUUGUACUCUUGAGCCGAGAAAAUUAACAAUGGCAGAAGAUAGAAAUGCAAUUGGGAUCGAUCUGGGGACAACUCAUUCGUGUGUAGCGGUAUGGCAGGCUGAUCAUGUAGAAAUCCUGGUGAACGGUCAGGGUAACAGGACAACUCGAUCUUAUGUUACAUUCACGGAUACUAACAGGUUGGUAGGUGAUGAAGCCUUUAACCAAGCCGUCAGAUUCCCCGCCAACUCAGUCUUUGAUGCAAAGCGGUUAAUUGGUAGGAGAUUCAGUGAGAUGUCUGUUCGAAGUGAUAUCAAGUGCUGGCCAUUCAAGGUCAUUGAAGGUCCGGAGGACAAGCCCAUGAUUGUGAUUAGACACAGGGGCGAAGAGAAACGGUUUGCUGCUGAAGAUAUCUCAUCCAUGGUUCUGGCAAAGAUGCGGGAGAUUGCUGAGAACUUCCUGUGCUCAAAUAUUAGUGUGAUAAAUGCAGUUAUCACGGUCCCCUCUUACUUCAACGACGCUCAGCGCCAGGCUACAAUAAAGGCUGGUGAAUUAGCCGGCUUGAAUGUGCUGCGCAUUCUCAACGAACCGACAGCUGCAGCUAUUGCUUACGGCAUUGACAAGAAGGCUGGUCGGCAUAAGCGAAAUGUGAUGAUAUUCGAUUGGGGUGGUGGAACUUUAGAUGUGUCUCUGCUUACCAUAGGUCAUGGUGUGUUUGAAGUGAAGGCCACUGCUGGAGACACUCACCUUGGCGGUGAGGACUUGGAUAACAGAUUGGUGAAUUACUGUGUCCAAGAAUUCAAAAAAAAGUAUCGAGUGGACAUUGGUGGAAACUCCAAAGCUCUUCGGAGGGCCAAAACCGAGUGUGAGAAUGCAAAGAAGGCUCUUUCACAUUCGUUUGAAAGCAGCAUUGUAAUUGACUGUUGGUACCAGGGUGAAGAUUUCUAUACAACCUUUACCCGGGACGAAUUUGAACAAAUGAACAUGGAUAUCUUCCACAAGUGCAUGGAGCCUGUGAAAAAGUGUUUGGAGGAUGCCAAAAUGGACAUAAGCGAUGUCGACGACGUUGUUCUUGUUGGGGGCUCUUCAAGAAUUCCAAAGGUGCAAGAGCUAUUACAGGAGGUUUUCAAGGGUAAGGAGUUGUGCAGGAACAUUAAUCCGGAUGAGGCCGUGGCGUAUGGAGCCGCUGUUCAAGCUGCAGUCUUGACUGGCAAUGUAACAGGGAAGCUUGAAGACUUCACUCUCUUGGAGGUGGGUGUUGAAAGCAUUCGAGACCACGCUAUCGGGAUCGAUCUGGGGACAACGUAUUCCCGAGUAGCCGUGUGGCAGAAGGAUCAUGUGGAGGUUAUACUGAACGAUCACGGGAACAGGAAGACUGCAUCUUAUGUUGCCUUCGCUGAAACUGAUGAGACUAAUUUGGUAGGUGAUGCAGCAUUUAACCAAGUCGUCAGAAACACAGCCAACUCCAUCUUUGAUACAAAGCGGCUAAUCGGUAGGAGAUUCAAUGAUGCUUCUAUUCAAAGUGAUGUGAAGGACUGGCCAUUCAAGGUCGUUGAAGGUCCAGCUGACAGGCCCAUGAUUGUGGUUACCCACAAUGGCCAAGAUAAACAAUUUUCUGCUGAAGAAAUCUCAGCCAUGGUUCUGGAAAAGAUGCGGAAGAUUGCCGAGACCUACCUGGGCUCAACUGUGAAAAAUGCAGUUAUCACCGUCCCUGCUUACUUCAAUGACUCGCAACGUCAGGCUACAAAAGAAGCUGGCGUCUCUGCUGGCCUAAAUGUGAUGCGUAUUAUGAACGAACCGAGUGCUGCUGCCAUUACUUAUGGCCUUAGCAAGAAGUCCGGUUGGAGUAGCACGAGAAACGUAAUGAUAUUUGAUUUGGGUGGUGGCACUCUAGAUGUGUCGUUGCUUACCAUGACUAGUUCUGGUGAUUUUCAAGUCAAGGUGACGGCUGGAGACACUCACCUUGGCGGGGAAGACUUCGAUAACAGAAUGGUGAAGUAUUGUGUCGAGGAAUUCAAGAGGGAGAAGAAAUUCGACGUUAGUGAAGACUUCAGAGCUCUUAGGAGGUUAAAAAACCAAUGUAAGAAGGCAAAAGAGAGACUCUCAUUUGAGUCUGACUUUGACAUUGAAAUUGAUUGUUUGUGUGAGGGUACUGAUUUCACUAUAACUUUUACCCGUCACAAAUUUGAACAACUGAAUGAGGAUUUGUUCAUCAAGUGUAUGGAGCCAGUGACGAAGUGUUUGACGGAUGCAAACAUAGAUACAAGCAGUGUCCAUGAUAUCGUUCUCUCCGGUGGCUCUUCUAGAAUUCCAAAGGUGCAAGAGCUAUUAAAGGAGGUUUUCAAGGGGAAGGAGCUUUGCAGGGGCAUUAAUCCGGAUGAGGCAGUGGCAUGUGGUGCCGCGAUUCAAGCUGCAGUCCUAAGUGGUGGGAAUGUAAAUGGGAAGUUUAUUCAAGACUUCACCCUCUCGGAUGUCACUCCUCUGCCACUUGUUCUGGAAAUUACCGAUUAUGAUAGAUUCAAUGGACUCGGGAAUUUAAUUAUUCCAAGAAACAUUAGAAUUCCUAUGAUGGAGAAAGUGCGUUUUCCUGUUCAGGACAAUCAAACUUCAAUCAACUUCUGCAUAUAUGAAGGUGGGAGUAGCGUACCUGAGAGUAUGAACUUUUUGGGUGAAUAUAGUCUCCAAGAAAUUCCUGCAGCGCCUAAGAAUCUUACUGAAUUUGAGGUUUGCUUGGCUAUUGAUGCCGAUGGCAUCUUGAGUGUCUCUACUGAGGAUAAGUACACUGGCCAGAAGAAAGCGAUCUCAUUUAACAGUGACAAACUGAAGAAGAUUGAGGGAUUUGAGAAUCAAGAUGAAGUAAGAAAUGAUAAUCUAUAGUACUAUAGUAACGUUGAAAUAAGAUAUAUUUAUAAAAUCAAUUUGAUAUAUAUAUACAAAAACACACUCAAGUUAUAACUGCUUAGUAAGUUAAUACAACACUAACCGCUUGUUUGGAUCCACUCCACAACGUCAUCUCAUGAUAUGAACUGUUCAUUGCUUAGGUCGUCUCGUCAUUCAAAGAUCACCCUUGUAAAAAAAAUUAGUCUAUGCACUUCA